AUGGCUUUUGCAGGAGCGAGUAUAUCUAAAACUCCUCUUGGAGCAUUACAUAAUCAUCCCAAUAAAUCAUCAGCAUCAUCUUUCACAGUAUCAUCAUCUGAUUGGGGAUUGGCCAAGAAAUCCUCCAUACAAUACCCAACACCUCCUCAAGAUGGUGGUGUGGUCGAUGAUAUAUUCGGAAUUGAAAUCAAGGAUCCUUGGAGAUCACUCGAACAGUUAGAAUCAGAUUCUACCAAGGAAUUCAUACAAGAACAAAACAAGUUAUCAAUCCCGAAACUUGUUAAUCAUCCUCUAAGAGACUCACUUGAGAAAGCAGUUGAAUCAUGUUAUAAUCAUGAACGCAUGGAUACACCUCAACUUCAAGCUGAUGGAUAUUAUUACUGGAGUUUCAAUACCGGUACUUGGCCAAGAGACAUCUUGGUUAGAUCGAAAAACCUCUCAAAACAUUUCGGUAAACAACCGGGAUCCGAUGGACCCGAAAUCUUCUUUGAUUUAAACAAGGAAGACGAUACCUCUCUUUAUGCGCAUUCAUUCAGUCCUAGUGGUAAGCUAUGGUGUGCUGUACUUCAAACCUCUGGGAGUGAUUGGCAAUCUUUGCGAGUUUACGAUACUGUUACGAAACAAGUCAUCGAACGUCCUCUGGGAGGAUCCAAGUUCACCUUUGGGGUGACUUGGGUCGGAGAGGAAGGCUUCAUCUACAAGCGAAGUGUCGAUUAUGAUAUGCACGAAGAUGCGCUUGCGUCGGCUGAUGGUGCUUUCGGAAUGUUUUAUCAUCGAAUCGGUGAAUCACAAACUUGCGACGUGGGAGUAUUGUGCUUCAGUGGCGAUUUCAUCGAUUGUUUUGUCGGUAAAGCAUAUGUCGUUUCCUCGGAUCUCUCUGAAAAGAGUACUGAACGGAGCUGGCUCACAAUGGACGUCUAUCGAAAUACCAAUCCUGAAACGGAACUUCUUAUCGUAGAGCUUCCGGAUGGGCCUAGUAAAGUUGACGGACAUAAAAUCGAAUCAUUGAUCAGAAAAGAAAGGAAAUGGGUUACCAAAGGUUACACAGGAGAGACUAGAUAUGUCGGAUCAACACCAUCUAAUUCACACCUAUUCUAUACAACAGCUGAUGGACAUUCUACUGGACGUAUCGUCUCUUUCGAUACUGCCGAUUGGGACCGGACCGAAGCAGACUCUGUUCUCCCAAUCAAAGAAUUCGUAUCAGCGGACGAUGAAGGCCAUCAACUCUCCGUUGGUCAAGUAGUUGGGGGUAAACUACUCGUGUUAAUUUACCUCAAGCACGCCUGUGCGUCGGUAGUAUUCGUCGACGCAUCAACUGGCAAGCAACUUGGUUCAGCUAAUGCGAAAGAAACCAAAGGUGAUAUCGCCUUGGAUCCAAAUACCGAAGUUCCUGUACCUGAAGAAGAAUUAAGGACAGCUAAAUCAUCUGAUGUCGUAAUUCCAGAACACGGAUCGAUCAAAGCUAUAUCAUCCAGAUUCGACACCGAUGAUUUCUACUUUGCAGUCGAUACUUGGGUUGCACCUUCUUACGUCCUCAAAGGUCAAGUCAUCAAAAAGGAUGAUGGAUUAAAUGUCGAUAUAAGCAGUAUUACUUCUGCUCAUUCCCCAGCGGAAGAAACUUUGAUUUGCUCUCAAGUAUUCUAUGAUUCUCAUGAUGGAAUCAAGAUACCAAUGUUCAUCUGUCAUCCUCACGAUUUGGACCUAUCGAAACCUAACCCCACACUUGUUCACGCUUAUGGUGGUUUUUGCGCUCCUUUAACUCCUCAUUAUGAUGCCUUUUUCGCCUCGUUCAUGCGAAACCUUCGUGGAAUUGUCGCGAUUGCGGGUAUUCGGGGUGGUGGCGAAUACGGUAAACGAUGGCAUGAUGCUGCGCUCGGUAUCAAACGUUAUAUCGGAUGGGAUGAUUUCUCCUAUGCCGCUAAAUACCUACAAGAUAAAGGAUUGACUACACCUCAAUUAACAGCAACAUACGGGACAUCGAACGGUGGUUUAUUAGUGACGGCAUGUGUGAACAGAUAUCCCGAAUUGUUCAAUACUGUAUUUGCAGAUGUGGCAAUAACCGAUCUGGUCAGAUAUCACAAAUUUACUCUUGGUCGAAUGUGGACUGGUGAAUAUGGAUCACCAGAAGAUCCUAAUAUCUUACCAACACUUUUCAGUACUUCACCUUUACAUAACGUUCGUGAAGAUGUUGGAUAUCCUUCUAUCUUAGUCACAACGGCAGAUCACGAUACACGGGUCGUUCCUGGACAUUCAUUGAAAUACCUUGCCGAAGUCCAAAACAAACAUCCAAAUGGUAAACAUAUCGUACUGGGCAGAUUGUAUGAGAAUGCUGGUCAUGAGGCAUCAACGAAAACAUUAGAAAAGAAAGUAGAAGAAGUUACCGAUAGACUCAUCUUCACACUUUUAACUAUGAAACCUUGA